AUAAUUGGCUCUUCCUUGUCGUCGACACCCACACUCCUCUGUCGCAACAACUACGGUAGCCACCAUCUUAGCCUCACACAGCAUUGCGAAGGUUUGUGAAUAAUAUGGAGCUCUUUUUGAUCACGGAAGUUUCCUGAAUUUUUAUAAUAUGGUUUCGUACCUGCAAAAAUUUUCCUCCCCUUCUAGCCAUGGUGUUUCAAGAGAUUAUGUUGAUUAGCACAUUGGUUAUGAGCAAAGGCCUAAACUGUUAUAGUGAUGACGAAAGAUACUGAAAAGUUCAUUGUGAUUUUCAGUUGGGAAUGCACAUUUUGAAACAAGAUGGAAACAGGAAGGCAGGUUUUUUCUGUGGAUCUUCUGGAGAGAUAUGCAACAAAGGGGCAUGGAGUUAUCACAUGCAUGGCUGCUGGCAAUGAUGUUAUUGUAUUAGGAACUAGUGAAUAAAAGUUUUACAUUGAUGGGUUGGUGAGUGCAUAGACUUGGUGGGUUUGUUUUUCUUACAUUAAUGUUUUGCUUUUUGACAUGAGGAUUUGUUUUUGUUACAUAGGAUUGUCUAACUAGAAACCCUCUGUCCGAUUUCAAGGUAUUUCUUUUAUUAUGUUUACACAAAUAUCUUUUAUAUAUGUAAUUUUCUAUCUGAUAAAUUUGUACCUCAGUCAUCUCUCUCUUUCACUAUUUCCCACCCACUAACCUCCCUUUGAAUUCACUGUUUGUGAGCUAAUUAGUCAUAUACUUGUGGACUCAAUGAUCAUAUAUAAAGUGAGUUGAUCACCAAGUGUUUGACAAAAUUACCAUGAAUCAGUAAUUUGUACUACAACAACAAAUUAUAGUUGUAAGACCAAGUUGAAAACUAUAGUUGAAAAUCUACUGAAGUUAUACACACAGGAGAAUGUACAACAUGGGCAAUUUUAAAUUUUAGUUAAUGAAUAAGACCAAAAAAGCUUUGCCCAGUUCAAAAGCUCCCUAUUAGAUUUAUUAUAUUCUAUUUCUAUUUCUUUGUUUGAAUGUAUGUAUUUGCCCUCGUUGAAUUCCAGGACUUUAUGUAGAUGAAAGUUGGAUUAAUUUUUCCUGUGUGUUAUUGUUGAAUACAUUGCUUCAACUUACUAGGUUUAUGUAGGGUGACUUAUAUUUUUUGGAAUUUUUUUCCCCUCACCAAUAAGAAAAUUUGAGAAUAGAUUUUGUGGUUGAUGGGCAGGGCACCAUAAAGAGCUCUCUCUCUCUCUCUUUCUGGAAGAGUGUGAAAUGCAUGCAUUUUGAUUCAUUUGAUUACACUAUAUUUUUCUUUUCUUGCUAAUUCAUUUGUCUUUAUUUUUUUGCCCAUCUUUUCCAUGAUCAAUAAUCUAUACCCAAAACUAACUGAAAAUGCCACUACAUUCAUGAACCAAUGUGAAAUAUAUAGUCAUGUAAAAUAACAAUCCCCAUCAAAUUAUGAAGGAACUUUUUGAUAUAGAUGCUGGUCUUAACUCAAAUUUGUCUAUUGUUGCGCAUGCUUAACAGGUUCUGCCCCUGGUGAGCUCUGCUGUGGAGGAAGAUCUCCCAUAUUCAUCUAGAAUUGCAAGUCUAUAGGUCGUCAUUUUUUAUGAAGAUGAGAGGCAAAAGGAAAGAUGAAAUGACAGUAGAACAGUCUAUUGUUGGAGGUUCCCUUCAUGGUGGUUCACUUCAGAUGAAUAGGAACACUGAUCAUGUUAACUCACAUAUUAGAGUUAAUAGAAGUUCACCAUUUGGUAGUAGUUACAAGGAAGCUUGUAACUUGGGCUUAACAUGGUUAUAUAAUCUUGGGAACACUUGUUUCAUGAACAGUGCCAUUCAGUGUUUGGUGCAUACUCCAAAGCUUGUUGAUUAUUUUCUUAGAGCCUACAGAAAGGACAUAAAUCCUUUGGGCAUGAAUCUGUGUAUAUUUAGAAUCCAACAAUUAGUUAUUGUACUUUUGAAAGAGCUUGUUCUGGCAUUUUGCCCUCUUGUUAUGUUUUUUGUUGGUGGCCUCUUCAAUGUGUCAUACUCUCUCUCUCAAUGUGCACUUUUUGGCCAGGGUGAACUUGCUUUACUAUUUGGAGAUUUGUUAAGGAAGUUAUGGGCUCCAGGAGCAACACCAGUAGCUCCAAGAGCGUUCAAAUCGAAACUUUCUGCUUUUGCACCUCAAUUCAGUGGUUAUAACCAGCAUGAUUCCCAAGAAUUUCUUGCUUUUUUGUUGGAUGGGCUCCAUGAAGAUCUCAAUCGUGUGAAAUACAAGCCUUACAUAGAAGCAAAGGAAGCAGAAGAUCGGCUUGAUGAAGAAGUGGCAGAUGAGCACUGGCGGAAUCAUCUGGCUCGCAAUGACUCCAUCAUAGUUGAUGUGUGCCAAGGUCAAUACCGUUCAAAAUUGGUUUGUCCAGCUUGCAAGAAAUUGUCCGUUACAUUUGAUCCAUUCAUGUAUCUUUCGUUACCACUACCUUCAACAACAAUGCGCUCAAUGACUUUGACAGUCAUGAGCACUGAUGGGAGUACUUUGCCAUUUCCAGUCACUGUAACUGUACCAAAGUAUGGAAGAUGUAAGGAUCUAGUGCAGGCCUUAAGCACCACAUGUUCUUUGAGAGAUGAUGAAAAACUGUUGGUAGCUGAGAUUUUCAACAAUCGCAUUCUUCAUUUUUUGGAUAAUUCAUCUGAUACGAUAGAGCUUAUUCGAGAUAAUGAUCUGCUUGUCGCUUAUAGAUUGCCAAAAGACAGUGAGACAUCUUCUUUGGUUGUAUUCAUGCAUGAACAGGUGGAGAGGCAUUUCUUGAAUGCAACUUCAUCUUCAAAGAUGUUUGGUAUUCCUCUUGUAGCAAGGAUAUCCGACCUUUCUAGAGGAUCUGAGAUACGUAGAGAGUUCCUAAAAUUACUAAAUUCAUUUUUAAUGCCGGUGGAAGAUUCUUUGAACGAAGUUGAUAAUGAUCAAAACAGUGCUAAUGAAGAUAUUGAUAUGGAGGAUGUUAUUAGCUCCAGAUUAUCAGAUAGAGAUGUAAACUCAGACAGUGGAUCAGGGGAUGACUCACAUUUGGGUCCCGACGACUUCCAGUUUUACUUGAUGGAAGAGAGGGGAGGAUUAUUGUCAAAAGUUCAAAAGAUGCAGAUGAAUGAGAUAGUAACAAUCUCAGAGUUAACCAGGCCCAUAAAUGUACUUGUUUCUUGGCCAGAUAAAAUGACUAAAUUUACCAUUUUACCCCAUUGGUUCAAAUUACCAUUUUACCCCUAG